GGCCGGCGGGUGCUCGGACCGGGCCGCCUUCAUAAGCUGGCGGGGGAGGUGGCAUCCAGAGUACGCUCCCGCCACUGCGCUCCCUAGGGCAGCCGCUCUCGCGUCGGGAAAGACCCUCCCCACGGGUGCCUGCAGGAUCGGCACGUCAAUUAACGGCUGACACUGCCAGCCCACCUCUUCCCACCCACCCAUCUGGGCUCCAGAGAGGAACAGAUUUCGUGGUACGCCAUGAUCUCACCAUUCUUAGUACUGGCCAUCGGCACAUGCCUUACCAACUCUUUUGUGCCAGAGAAAGAGAAAGACCCGAAUUAUUGGCGUCAACAAGCCCAAGAGACCUUGAAAAAUGCCCUGAAACUCCAAAAGCUCAAUACCAACGUGGCCAAGAAUGUCAUCAUGUUCCUAGGAGAUGGGAUGGGGGUCUCCACAGUGACUGCUGCCCGCAUCCUUAAGGGUCAGCUACACCACAACACAGGGGAAGAAACGCGGCUGGAGAUGGACAAGUUCCCCUUUGUGGCCCUCUCCAAGACAUACAACACCAACGCUCAGGUCCCAGACAGCGCAGGCACCGCCACUGCCUACUUGUGUGGUGUGAAGGCCAAUGAGGGCACUGUGGGAGUGAGCGCAGCCACAGAGCGCACGCAGUGCAACACCACUCAGGGGAAUGAGGUCACCUCCAUCCUGCGCUGGGCCAAGGAUGCCGGGAAGUCGGUGGGCAUCGUGACCACUACACGGGUAAACCACGCCACACCCAGUGCAGCCUAUGCACACUCGGCUGAUCGGGACUGGUACUCAGAUAACGAGAUGCCCCCAGAGGCUCUGAACCAAGGCUGCAAGGACAUCGCCUAUCAGCUAAUGCAUAACAUCAGGGAUAUUGAUGUGAUCAUGGGUGGUGGCCGGAAGUACAUGUACCCGAAGAACAGAACUGACGUGGAAUACGAGCUGGAUGAAAAAGCCAGGGGCACAAGGCUGGACGGCCUAGAUCUCAUCAGCAUUUGGAAGAGCUUCAAACCCAGGCACAAGCACUCCCAUUAUGUCUGGAACCGCACUGAUCUGCUGGCCCUUGACCCUUCCAAGGUGGACUACCUCUUAGGUCUCUUUGAGCCGGGGGACAUGCAGUAUGAGUUGAAUAGGAACAACCUAACUGACCCUUCGCUCUCCGAGAUGGUGGAAGUGGCCCUCAGGAUCCUGAUGAAGAACCCCAAAGGCUUCUUCCUGCUGGUGGAAGGAGGCAGGAUUGACCACGGACACCAUGAGGGCAAGGCCAAGCAAGCGCUGCAUGAGGCAGUAGAGAUGGACCAGGCCAUCGGGAGAGCCGGGGCCAUGACUUCUCAGAAAGACACCUUGACGGUGGUCACGGCAGAUCAUUCCCACGUUUUCACUUUCGGUGGAUACACCCCCCGCGGCAACUCUAUCUUUGGUCUGGCCCCCAUGGUGAGCGACACGGACAAGAAGCCCUUCACAUCCAUCCUAUAUGGCAACGGGCCUGGCUACAAGGUGGUGGAUGGUGAACGAGAAAAUGUCUCCAUGGUGGAUUAUGCUCACAACAACUACCAGGCCCAGUCUGCCGUCCCCCUGCGCCACGAGACCCACGGUGGGGAAGAUGUGGCAGUCUUUGCCAAGGGCCCCAUGGCACACCUGCUUCACGGCGUCCAUGAGCAAAACUACAUCCCCCACGUGAUGGCGUAUGCCUCCUGUAUCGGGGCCAACCUUGACCACUGUGCCUGGUCCAGCUCAGCGAGCAGCCCCACCCUAGGGCCCCUGUUGCUCCCACUGGCUCUGUUCCCACUAAGCAUCCUGUUCUGAGGACCCAGGUCCCACAAGCCCACAAUGGACAGCCAGCUCCCCUCCCUAUGUGGCCCAUCACCUGGUAGCCCACACUCAAGGGAGAGGCCCAGGCAACCUCCAGCAGGAACAGAAGGGUACUACCUGCCUCGCUUCCGUCCGGAACCCUCCAUCGGCCAGAUGAUUCCUGGCCCUGCCUUUACUUCCUACUCAUAGCCCUUGGCCAGCAGGGUAGGAUUCUCUCUUUGGGCAGGCAGGACACACACUGCACAAAUUCCCAAAGCACCUUAUUUUUCUACCAAAUAUAUUCUCCGGACCCUGCAACCUCCAUGGAACAUUCCAGAUCUGACCUUUUCUCUCCCCCAUCCCUUCCCUCUGGAACACUGGGCCCCAUAGUCACGGCCAGUCCCCAAGUCCAGCCCUCCCUGAAGGGGAGACCAGGUCUGCUCAGGAUGAGACUCUCCCAGGAAGCCACCUCCGGGGUUGGCUGUCCACCCAGGGUGGCCAGGCUGGGAAGAGCAGCCCAGCCGGACAGGACGCACACUCCCCACCCAGCUCCAGAGACGCUCGCCAACCCUUGACUGAAGUGGCUCUCCUGUUUGGAACAGGAGAAAAAAAAAAAAAGAAAAAAAAUUUUUUUAAUUUCUCUUUUUGGUGUUGGUUAAAAGAGAACACAAGACAUUUAAAUAAAA